UAAUGAAAUAUAACAAAUGAAAAAAACUAUGAAUUUGAUGUAAGUAUAAUUCUCUGCAUACGUUCUCAUGAGAAAAAUAAUUAUAAAAAUAGUAAAAGAAAAAAUGUAAGAGACAUACAUCAAUGCAAAAAGAGGGAAAUAUUAACAGCUGAUAGGUAGAUAUCUCAUUCGACCAUGGCCCUGGACUUUGAUGAUUCAUGUUUAUACAUCUUAGAAAGAAGGAUUGAGUUCCGCAAAGUAUAUAUAAAUACCAGAAGAAAUAAAACAUGCUCAUAUAUUCUUGCAGUCUUUUAACGCGCUUUAAUCCGUGUGGAUGUAUUCUACUCUUAUUAUAUUUUAAUAAUCUAUAAUAUUUCGAAAUGUUCGUCAAAUCUUUCGUACUACUUCUUUUGGCUAAUCUUGCGAUGACUGAAAUUCCCUCGUACAUUAAUAUAUGCGGUCGGAGGAAUCCAAAAUUGGACGAAUGUGUCAUUAACAGCAUCGAAUUAAUUCGAGAUAAAUUAAUAACAGGAAUACCAGAAUUGGAUGUCCCAAAAAUAUCUCCGUUAACUUUGAAAAAACUAAUAUUCGCCGAUGAGCCAAAUUUUCAGAUAAAAGCAGAAAACGUGCAGAUCUACGGCAUCGAUACUUUCCAAAUAAUAAAUUUGAAAACUGAUUUAAAGAAACAACAAAUCGAUACAACAGUUAUAUUUAAACAAAUAAAGAUCGAAACUGCUUACGAUAUAAAUACGAAAAUUUUAGUUCCUUUCGUUGGCGAUGGAAAUAUCAAGGCAGACACAAAUAACGUGACGGCAAAAGUGUUGCUCCGUUAUAAGCUAAUAGAAAAGGAUGGUAAGAAAUAUAUAUACUACUUUUCAAUGACAACUAAACUCGACAUCAAGGAUAUCAUUAUGAAUAUAGAACCAGGAAAUAACACCGAUAACACCUUAAGGGAGAUUAUCAGUAAUAUCUUCAACAGUAACAAAAAAGACAUGGUCGCUAUUAUUUUGCCAAGCAUAGAAAAGAGUAUUUCGGAUAAUGUACUCAAAAUUAGUAACAACAUUGUUAAACAUUUUUAUUAUGACGAAAUUUUACCUGAUCGGGAAUAAAUCUUCUUUUCUUUCUGUU